AUGUCAGCAAUGAAUCCAAGACGAUCAAGCGUAGAGACAGUGAAGAGUAUGGGGACAGGAUCGGUGAAGAGUGAAGACGUGGACUUUGAAACGAGCUCUCGAAGAAGCUCUUCCGCUAGCUCUCUUCAUAGAGAGCUGUCGAGUAACAACCAGUACAAAUCUCUGCUGGGAACUCUCGAUGAAAUCGAUCAGAUCCUGACCUCGAGUAAGAGCAAGCCGAAUGACCGCAGGCACAGCAUGGUGAUGAAGAGACGUUCGACCAUUCAUCGUCAAGCCGUUCUCGAGUCGUACUCGGACUCUCAUCUGGACAACGAGACACCCUUGAUGUUCAGCAGCAUGGACGAGUCCUGGCCAAGAUCUCUUGUGCAAACAGCGACAACCAUGACCAAGGCACCACAGAAGACGAGGCCAACAGAUACGGCGAGGCAGAACAAGGUUGCUAAGGCAUACUCGUACGCCAUUGCACGGUCAAUCAUUGAAGGGAUCUUUCUUGACAUCGUGUUUGAGGAGGACAUGUCAGCUCCGCCCACUGCUGGGUCGCAGACGUCGCACAUCGCGUUGGAGGACAACAUUGAAGGUUCUGUGCAGGAGUACGAAGAGAGAAUUAGAGAGCUUGCAACCUCUGGCAACAACCUGAAAGCUGCUGAGAUCUGCAACGAGGCCCUCGACAAGUUUGGGAACGAGCCUUUUCUCAAUCAGCUCUUCAGCACCAUCUGCGCAAGGCUCAACGUCUACCUCUCAACAGCCAGAAGCGUCCUCAUCGGAGACGACCUGCCCAUCUCCUACAGGAUUGUGUCGCAGGACGACUGGGAUUUGGAACCGGGAGGAUUCAUCGCGCUGUUUGAGGCCGAUGAUCGACAAGACUCAGCCUACAAAGAUCUGAUCGCUCAGCGACCAUCCCAGAUGAAGCAGGAGCUAGUGGACCACGAGCUCAAGUCUCCCAGUGACGCCAUCACCCGCAUCACUGUCUCGAGCAAGUCGGAGGACAUCUUUCUCAGCGGUCGCUUCCUCACCAGCAAGGGUCGAUACAUCCUCCGCUACUACCACGAGCACAAUGCCAUGUGGCCCUCAGCCCAGAGCGAUUCCUUCGAGACUAUCAUCCCUGCCGUGUCCUUGUCCUGCCCAUCCCACGUCCUCUGCCCCGGCGACUUCGAGGUCUGCAUCGCCUUCGAGCCGUUCAAGAGGAGACUGCAGUCAGUGACGGACGGCGACUACCUCCUCCUCCGAUCCACCAGCACCCGAUCGGCUCCUCCUCCCGACCACAAGCUGUUCUUGAAGCCAUGGACGGUGAUCGAGCGAGUGAGGGUACAGCACUGGCCCUCCUUUCCCGGCAGUCACUCGAUAUCCUACGUGUCGAAACUCUGCAAUGAGCAGAUUAUCGGGAGGACGGAGUUGUCCUCGAGCUUCCGAGUGCCUGAAGUUCAGAUAUCUCGCUCGAUCGAGCUCAAGCUCUGCAUCGUGGACUCGAUGCCUGAGCAUGCGGAGCUGUUGGAGGCUGUGGGUCAUCGAUUUUCAAGGAUCUGUCAAUAUUUUCACAGCUCGUUCACGCUGACGAGUCUCCGUGAAGACAUUGCCAACCCGCACUGCUCUCUCGGGUUGAUCCAGAAGUCUCUCUCCGAUGUCGAUGCAAGUUUGCCGCACUUGGUCGUCGUGCUGCCCCAGAAAUCAGGUAAAGUUCCAGCGCUUGCCAGCUCCUCCUACACUACAGAGCAUCGUGUGGUGGACGAAUCGAAGGAGCUGGAGGCGAUCGGGAGGAGGAGGAAGAAGAAGAAGGAGCUGGGAGGAGACAAGAGUGGAGUUCUCAAGGAGUCGGUAGCUGAGAUCUUCAAACGAGCGCUGGCGACGGAGGAGGCGAUAGAGGAGAAGGAGCGGAUCAAGUCAGCCGAGGGGUCCAAGAAACCCAAGUCUCUCGCCGCCAUCCUCAUGCAUGGCUCCAUGAAACGACUCCCGGUGACGUCAGAGGAGCAGGGCAAGGAGCAGGGCAAGGAGCAGGGCAAGGAGCAGGGCAAGGAGCAGGGCAAGGAGCAGGAGAAGUUGAAAUUGAAGGACAAAUCUGCCAGCUUCAAGGAGGACGGAGGGAGGGAACAGAUGAAGAAGGAGCAAGGAGGAAGCGAGUCUCUCAAAGCUCAACCCGAUCAAGCUCCGGCCCAGUCCAGCUCUCCUCCUCCUGCUACACAGACUUCGCCUCCUGCUACACAAACUUCUCCUGCUGCUCCUUCGGUUUCAUGCUUCCUCCUAUUGACGACGAGGCUAUUGAUAAUGGUCACAAAGAUCCUCACGCUGAGAAAGUCUCCUCUCCUCUCCAUCAUGGACUCGCAAGACAUUCGCACGCUAGCUCAUGCCUCCGUCCUCCGCAAGCUCGAGCCGGGCAGCACCCUAAUCGCUGUGGGGCAGAUAUCUGGCUCCAUGUAUGUGGUUCUCAACGGGAAUCUUUCAGUCCUCAUUGCAGACGGGAAAGUUGAAGUUGCAGUGCUCAAGAGUGGUGAUAUGGUUGGAGAGAUGAGUCUGCUCACGGGAGAGCCAGCAGGAGCAACAUUCAUGGCGAAACGACACGCGAAGAAUGCUGAGAUGAUAUCGAAACUCAACGAGAGCAAAUGGAGGGCGCAAGAGGAGAAGAUGCAUCGAAACUUCUUGCAUGACAUGUCAAGUCUACAUCCCUGGGUCUUCGAGUAUAGAACCGACGACGACGAUCCUCAGCUCCCUCCUCCUCCCCCCUUCGGCUCCAUCGGUUGCUCCUUGUUCGAGCUUCUCCUCUCCUACGCAUGCAUCCUCGACCCCUCCCGAGCACCCAAGGCUCUGCUCUACGACCUCAACGAGGCUUACGGCGUCUCCUCCGAUCGCUCCGUGCAGAGUCUGAGGAAGACCUGCUACCGUCACGUGCCGGAGCUGAUCAGGAGCUAUGACACAGAGUCAGACCUGCAGCGCAAGAUCUUCCGGGACGUUGGGAGGAACAUCUUCGAGGAGGUUGGGAAGAGGAUGAAGGAGGCGGAGGACAUCGAGUACCUCUCUACCUCGGAGCUCCUCUCCUGCACGACCACGGAAGACUUCAGGUGGCCCGAGCUCUCCCAGCGCCUCCUCUCCAUCCUCUUCCCCUUCCCCGCGUCCGAGGAUGCAGACGACGUCCCUCGAGUCAUCCUGAUCCGCGGGUCUCCGGCAAGCGGCAAGACGCACUUGUGCUGCAGCAUUUGUAAUGAGGUCUCCAAGAGAUUCAGUAAGAUGAAUCCUCAUUGUGUGUUUGAUCCGAAUAGCAUGGCGCGAAGGCAAGUCAGGCCAGAUGACGUUGAGCUACAGUGCUUCGUCUCCCUCAGUCUCGUUCACUUCGCCAGCCUCCACACGUUGGACUUCUUCGACCUCUUGAGCAAACUCGCGCGUGAGCUCGAAGCUGCCAUGCGCUACAACUUUCCGAUCCCCUCGGAGAUUGAGAGCCUGAAGCUGCUGGUGCGGGGGUGGCUGGAAGAGGCCUGCAAGAGGUUCAAGGUUGUGAUCAUCGUUGACCGGAUCGACCUGAUGGCGAACUGCGACUACGGAUGGUUGCAAAGGACUGUAGAGGAGCUGGGGAGCAACCUGAACUUGAUCGCGAGCUCGGACAGCAACGAUGUUCCUGCUAGACUUGUCAGACUGGCAACCAACGUCGUUGAACUCGACCAGGCAAGGAGGAUUGAAGAGGAGGAGGAGGUGGUGGUGGUGGUGGAGGAGGAGGUGGAGUGGGAGGUGAGGGGGUGGGGGGACGGGGGGGGGAGGAGGCGGAGGAGUGUGACAGACCUGAUGGGAGGAGGAGGAGGAGGAGGAGGAGAAGGAGAAGGGCUGGACAGCCUCACGCCAGGGCGCCUACGACUUAGCUUGGACUACAUCACGUUGGCCUGCCAGACUGGCGUUGAGCUGAAGAUCGUGAGGAAAACUCUGUUCUCGACAAACAUGGAGCAACUCAGCGAGGUCAUUCUAAGAGCAUACGACACUCGUCACAGAGCAUUUGGAGAUAUUUUCCGCUUUCUUGCAGUAGCAAGAACGGGGCUGACGACCAACGAGCUGGUUUAUCUCGUGCAGACGAAAUGCGGGAUGAAUUUCACACGAUUCUCGCGCAUGCGUCGAGAGCUGCUGGACAAGCAGAUCCUGCUCCUGGUCGGUGGCGUUCUCGACUUCCGAACGGAGUCCUUCCGCAAGACAGCGCACGAGCUCUUUCACGACAACCGAGAGCGGCUGACAUACAUCAAGGACCUUGUCAAGUACCUUGAGUCCUCCUCCCGCCGCUCUCAUCGCCGCGUCAUCAUCCUCGGCCUACUCUGCAUGGAUAUGAUACAAAACAGGCUGCCAUGGUUGCCGCCCUUGAACAUCAAGUCUCAGUAUCUCUAUCAAGCCUCCUUGUCUCUAAAGGGCGAGAAGAAAACUACCGUCGAUGACGAGGACUGGCUCGGCCUUCUGCUGGGUCUCGUCGAGGAUCCCAUGGCGGCAGCUGCGUGUGGGAUCGCGAGAAUAGAGAGGUACUACCUGAAGCUCUACCAGUAUGCCAGCAAGGCAGUCGAGAAGGAGCUCAAACGCGUCAAGUCAGGCGUCCAGCGAGACGUUCGCUGGCUGAUGUCGUCGCUGUCCCACCUCCUCCUCGACAGGUUUCAGGACUUGUACAGCUCCUUCCUCUCCAACUUCGACGACUCAACUCGCCGAGUGAUCCUCGUCAACAGCGACUCUGACUUCAAGCAUCCCCUCUGCUUCGUCGUCGACGGUUUCGCCAUUGCAAACCUGCUCGACAAGUAUCAUCGCAGCUCCGCCUCCUUCGACGUCGUUAACUUCGUCAUCAAGACUAUCUUCAACGUCCCUGACUUGCGCCUUCUUCAGCCUGACCACGGCCUCUCCCGCCCCUGCCACUCCCUCGCUCCCCAUUUGCUCCACAUCGUCGCCUUCGCUGCCCUCGCGUGCGUGAGCAGGUGGCGGAAGCAUCACUACGCCAUCAAGUGCUGGGCGGUGGAGGCGAGGAGGGUCUGCAUGGAGCGCCUGCACAAACAGGAGGGGGAGGGGGGGGCGGUCAACACGGAUGGGAUUCGACCAGCUGCGCGGCCGAUGAGGUUCGGGAAGGAGGGGAUGCAGCUGCAGUCCGACAAGCAGCGGCUUUUCGAGGAGGCGGAGAGCAUCAUCGUCGCCUGCCACGUCGUCGCCGCAAAGCUCCGGGAGCUGCUGAGCGCUGGCAGCGAGUGGUUCAGACCCUUCGACGAGCUGGAGCUGCAGCUGGAGGGGGAGGUGAUAUCGGAGGACAUUGACAUCCGGGCGAGCAUGAUCUUCGCUCCUGUCCUCCCCGAUCAAGUUCUGCUGCAGCUCGAGGCCCUGCUCGCUGAGAUCAACUCGUUCGCUGCUGACGUUGGCAUAGACUGGAAGGUGAACUUCUCCGAGAAAGUUCCGCUCAACAAGCGUGAGAAGAUCUUCCUCUCGACGACUCAGGCACUCAAGCGAUGGUCGCAGCAGACUCUCUUCAGAGCUCUGAACGCGUGGAAGGAAAGAAAGUUCAAAGUCAACGACCCUUCCACGUAG